GUCGAGUCUUGGUACGGAGAUUGUGAUAAAGCCCAUGAUGUAUAGAUACUCAUCAUGAUAAAGCCAUUAGUUAGAGUCUUUUUUAGUUAAUUAACAAAAUAUUUUGAUUCGGUUGAAGGACAUUGAGUGGUUACUAGCAAUGACGGAUAAUGCACUUUCGGCACAUUAACAAUGCAUCUCAGAAGUUUUUAUGCAUAAAUUUGGUCCUAUUCUGUUUACUUCCAAAUGAAACAGAAACCGUUUUGUACAAGGAUGGGCCUUAUGAAUGCGUUUUUAGGUUUUUUAUUCGUUUGUUUUUCGAAGGGUCGCGUGAGUCUUACGUGCUGCUCGCCAUAACAACGAGGGGACAUUCCCACAGGCAUUCGGAUGGGUAUUGUUUAUCGUUACGGUGCUGUCGUCCUGGAAGCGAGCGGAGCGAAAAAUGUUUGUUAUUUUUUCGCGUUAAACACUAAUUAACGUCGCAAUCGUUGGUGAAGGAAAAUUUCUACGACGGUUCUGAUUGACAGUUUACUUAAGUUAAUAUUUAGUGUAUAAUCCUCGUGAAACUUAGGCGCUGGAUUUCGUGACUUUUCUCACUUUUUCGGUACAUGGUAUCGUCUGGACUACGUCAUCGUAUUGCAGCAGCGAAGGUCCUAUUUAAGUCCCACAAACAAAAGCGUGUUCCAGAAAACUGGAUCAUUGCGUGACUUCGUUUUAAUCCGUGAACCUGAAAAAAGUGGGCUAGAUCACUACAGCAGCACCACCGGUAGUCAUGGAAAGGAUAUCGACCGCGGAACCUAAACGGGUCUCGACGAACCUAGCAUCCAUGUACGGAAGGUAGGUACGGUUAGGAGCCAACACAGAGUCGCACUGGAAGCCCAAAAGAUUUUUGUGUGCACAUGCACGUUGUUCGCAAUUUCGCAAUUAUUUUGGAAUUUGCUGUAAAAUAAUUUCAAAACGAUACAAUGAAGUUUGAUUUUUUACCCUUGUUACGGUACUGAAAAUGACGAGAAUGUUUGUGGACUUGUUCUCCUGUUCUCAAUGGCAGUCGUAUACGUUGUUUUAUGUACUUACAAUCAGCCCAACAUGGCUAGCAAUCAUAAGUGGUAUACAUAUCAGCUUUCCAUUCCGGAAUCGAGUCUAUCGAUUCGAUUUGGCAUUAUUUUACUGCCAGUUUAUUGGCGCCAUUCGUGUGGGAUUGACCUGUUCGGGUUAGAUGACUACCAAGCUUUCAAAGAUAAUACGACGAGCAGGUCAUGAACGAAUGAAGAUAUGCUUCUGUACGGAUUUGGACAAAUCGGUUUUGAUAAGUAACUUCGAAAAACGUGGCUGGGUUCAGGUUUCCGCUGAUGACGAUUGGAAUUUCUACUGGGCUGGAACGGGCACCUGCCGGAAUAUUUUCAGCGUAGACAGUGGCUACCGUAUGCACGACAACCAGCUGAUUAAUCAUUUUCCCAACCAUUAUGAGCUGUCUCGGAAAGAUUUGCUGGUGAAAAAUAUCAAACGAUACCGGAAGGAUCUCGAGAGGGAUGGAAAUCCCCUCGCAGAGAAGACUGAAGUUAACAUUCCAGGAGGGUCCAAGUAUCUGUAUCUGGAUUUUAUACCGGUCACGUUUGUCCUGCCGGCGGACUACAACAUGUUCGUCGAAGAGUAUCGCAAGAAUCCGCAGAGCACGUGGAUUAUGAAACCGUGCGGCAAAUCGCAGGGUGCCGGAAUUUUUCUGAUCAAUAAGCUGUCCAAGUUGAAGCGCUGGUCCCGGGAAGCCAAAACGUCGUUUCAUCCUCAGAUCGGGAAGGAGAGUUAUGUCAUCUCGAGAUACAUAGAGAACCCGCUGUUGAUUGGGGGCAAAAAGUUUGAUCUUCGCUUAUACGUGCUGGUUACGUCGUUCCGACCGCUGAAAGCUUACCUGUUUCGGUUGGGAUUCUGUCGGUUUUGUACGGUGAAGUACGACACCAGCGUGACUGAGCUAGACAACAUGUACGUGCAUUUGACGAAUGUCAGCGUUCAGAAGCAUGGGGGUGAGUAUAACAACCAUCACGGAGGCAAAUGGAGCGUGCAAAACCUGCGCCUGUUUCUGGAAGGCACCCGUGGAAAGGAGGUCACCGAUAAGUUGUUUGGGUCGAUUACCUGGCUGAUUGUGCAUUCCCUGAAAGCCGUUUCCAGUGUGAUGGCUAGCGAUCGCCACUGUUUCGAGUGCUACGGUUAUGAUAUUAUCAUCGAUAAUACGCUCAAACCGUGGCUAGUUGAAGUUAACGCUUCUCCAUCGCUAACGUCCACAACGGCGAACGAUCGCAUCCUGAAGUACAAGCUAAUCGAUAACAUACUGAAUAUCGUGCUGCCACCUGAUGGCAUUCCCGAUGUAAGGUGGAACAAAAUUCCCAGCCCCGAAAUGCUUGGCAACUUCGACCUGCUGAUAGAUGAGGAAAUCGCUGCCCAGGACGAAAGUGUUCCCAGCACUAACGGCAAGGGUAGAUCGAGUAGCAACAGAUGGAAAUGAGAGUAAAUUCGAAAGCGUGCUUUGUUUUUCUUUAAUAUGUCAUAUAUUUUCAGAUUUUUUUUUAUUGUUCAUCAUUGUUUGGUUCGAAACGGCCACUCUCGCGGUGGAACAAUUAGUUUUUGCUAUUUGAUGGGUUUUCUUUUAUACCUUCGCAACUGGUACCAAUGCAAAUGACAAAAAGUUGGAGAACUCGCUGUGGUUUCAAAAUGCGCUAUGCUUCAGUUGGUGGUCUCCAAAUUUUUAUUGAACGCGUUGCUAUCGACGCAAUUUGUCUAUUCAAAAUAAUUUAUUUUACUCUUCCUUGUCUACGACUAUCGUUUGAUUGCUUCAAGCUUUACAUCUGCAAAUAGUUGUUUUACGGGGGUUUAUUCAAUUAAAUAUUCUCUAUAGUUUUUUUUCUUGUAGUUCAAUAAACGCUUUCCAUAUUACUAUAAUUGUGCGAACGUUUUCUUAUUUGUCGUUAUUUGUUCGAAUCUAAGUCUCGAAGAGAUUCUUCGUUUCGGAAUUUCUAUUCCUGGUACAUGCCGCUGAUUGUGAUGGGGCAAAAAUAUUUAUAUAUAUUAAAAAAAUAAAACAAGAA